AUGGAGGAUGACGAGCGAACCGCGGACUUCACAGUCCAACUAUCACCUCGUGCGCGAUCCGGCAGCACAAGCAGCCACAAGCGAAGCCUCUCCGGUUCCCUCUUCUCAAGACUAUCCUUUCUUCGCAUGAGCCAGGCAAAUAUCUCCGACCGAGACAUGCAACACGAUGACCCCGAUCUCCGUUCCGACAUGCCACACGGCCCCGGCGAAGGAGCCAGCCGCGCAAUGUCCGCCGUCAUGGCGCAGCGCCGAACAAGACGCCGCCGCGGCUCCCUCCGCAAAACCGCAUUGCUAGGCACCAGAUCCUCCCCUCGACGACUCACAAACUUCCCCCUCAAGACUCAACUCUCUCCGGAUGCCCCCAAACCCCCUCAGCAUCUCCAGCGCCAGUCCUUCGACGAUGACCAGUCUCCUUGGUUUCGCACAAAUACUCAGAAACCAGUUCGCCCUUCUAUCACCCGCCGCCGCCAGGGCCUGCAACAUACACUCCAUGGCGAGGAAACAGCCACCGAUGACGAGGAUCUCCCUUCCCUCCCGCGUCUUAAUAUGAACCCCUCCGGCCAGGGCACCAGUCCCCAAAACACCGCUUCAAAUUUCCAUAUCUCCCCGCCUCCUCCGGACAACUUCUACCUAUCCCCGGAAACAACAUACAGGCCGGUUCACCGGCCCAAGUCCUCCCCGCUCGCCACGCACCCCGUCGAGAUGAAGAGUAGUCCCGAAGUAGAUUGGGAUUAUUCCGAAACAGAGUGGUGGGGUUGGAUUAUUUUGGUUGUGACGUGGUUGGUGUUUGUUGUAGGCAUUGGGAGCUGCUUUGAGGUUUGGAGCUGGGCUUGGGAUGUUGGGGAGACACCUUAUGCGCCACCGGAGUUGGAGGAUGAUCCUACCUUGCCGAUUGUCGGUUAUUACCCUGCCCUUAUCAUUCUCACGGCUGUCAUGUCGUGGGUUUGGGUUGUGGUUGCCUGGGUGGGGAUGAAAUACUUUAAACAUGCUAAUAUAUCCGGAGAGGAUAUCUGA